AUGUUCGAGCCCGGGAGGUCUAACAAGUGUCAAGUUUUGCAGACUUUGAUCGACAAUGAAGAUGAUCUAGGUUUUAAGAAAAACUGGAAAAUUGCAUGAAAAAAGUGAUUUUCAAGGUAUCCUCAAGCAUAAAACAUUUUGUAUAACGUGCAUUCUGAAAGUCAAGUCGAAAUUUCCGCCUGGCGAAGAAUUCCUGUGGUCCAGGGCUCCACCGCCGUGGAUUGGUUUUGGAAAAUUGAAAAAAAGAUGUAUAGAUAUUUUUUUUAGUGGUCCCUGAAGGGGAAACGGAUGAUCCUGAGGCUUUGAAUAAGCACAUGCGGAAAUUCGAGGUUUUGGAAAUAGAUGGAUUAAUUGACUAUCGACAUUUUGAGACAAGAAAAAUUCUUCUGACCCCAGAAGACAUUGGCGAAUAUCUUGAGGGGUUGGAUUGCGGCGAUGAAAAGCUCGUUUAUGAGAUUUUCAAGUAUAAGAAGGUCGACAAGUGAGUUUAUAAUUACAAAAAGAACAUAGCCGAAAUCGGAAAGGGUGGUAAAAGGCUCCAUUGUACCUAACUUUUAUCCAUAAAAUGAGCUUCAGAGUGGAGGCACGAAAAAUAAUGCGAGAAAUACGGCGAAAACAACGAGACAAACAACAGGAAAAAGAACAGGAGGAGAAAAAUGCGAGGAAACAGAAAGAAGCCGACGAAAGGGCUGCGGAAAGGCUGCGCAAAGCCGACGGAAAACGCAUCGAAAUGGGGAAAAGAAGGUCGCGAAACGUGGACCCGGAGGUUGGAAACGGAUUUGAGUUGAACUGGGUUAGGGAAAAAUCAAAUUGAAAAUUGAAAAAAAAAUUUUUUUCAAUCAAAAUCCACAUUAUGAGUUUUAGCUGGUUGCCAAUUUUUUUUCAAUUUUUUGAAAAUGAAACAAAGUUUUUAGGAACGCCAGAGGGAUUCCUAUAGAGAAAGAAAAAGAAGGAAAACAGCCUGGCAAAAUUUUUGGUGGCCGCUUCAGGGAUUUUGCGUUUUAGUGGCCACUAUAGUGGUCGAAUUGGUGGCUGAAGAUAAGUGGCCUCUUUAGGUGUCUAAGACUUAUAGGAUACUCAAACUACUAUAGUGGACACUUAGACGCAGAAUAGGAACUUCUAUAGCGAUGGUAUUAGUGGCCACUUAGUGUCCUCUCCAAGUAGCCCUUGAGGACCCACUCAAGUGGCCACUAGAUUUUUCCCAUUAGAAGUCAAAAUAGGGCUCACUAUAGGGGUUUAGGAUAUGGCCCCUAGCCCUCUAAAGCUUAAGUGUUCGUUAUAGAGGUUUUUUUGAUAUUCAUAAUCCGGAAAAAAACGUAUUAAAAAAAGCAAAGCGUAUUUAAUAAAAAGUCAAUGAAACGUAUUUGAUCAAACUUGAUCGAUUAAUCAUCUUUUUUUAUUUUUUUAUUUUUUUUGGAAAAAAAUGUCAAUUCAUCAAUUUUUUUCAUGGGAUUCUUCUCUCGCAAAGUUUUUUUAACAAGGUAGAAAGACUUGGAGAUUCGAAAAAUUUAACGGAUCGGGGGCUCUAAAAAAACAUCAAAAAAACUGAAAAAAAGCACGUUUUUUUCAAUGAAAAUUUUUUUCGGUUUGAAAAAAUAUUCAAGUACAGUUAGUGUACAAAAAAUGUUUAUUUUGGCACUGGCUUUCGUUUGAAAAAAGUUUUAUUCAAUUUGGACCACGGAGAAAAAAAAAUUGUAUUUUGUUCGUAUUUCGGCUACAGUAACCUUCAAAAUGGGCGGAGCCUGUCGAAACCUGAACUUAUAGUUUCAAAGCUUGUGUAGUUGUUGUAUCAGAUGUAUGAGCUUGAAAAAAAGCAACAUGAAUUUUUUUAGGGUCUCAUAGAAAAAUUAUCGAUUUUCUCGGAGAACAUGAAAAACGAAUAAGAAAGACAGAGAUGAAUAGAGUUUCGUGAUGAAAAAUCUUUAAGUUUUUGAAUUUUUGACAAGUAAAUGAAACGUCUAACCACGAAAAAGAUUUAAAAAAAUUUUUAGAAAAAAAUUUGAAAAGAUUUCGCUGAUUCACCGAAAAAAAUUUGAAUUUUUUUAAAAAGUGUAGCUUCGAUUUCAAUUUUUAUUCCAUUUAAGCAACUCGAAACGAUCCUCGCCAUGGACAAGGAAGAGUUUCAACAACAAGAAGACGUCGAAGAAGGAAACCUGGCGGAAGAAACGGAAAAAAUCAAGAAUGAAACGGAAUCUCCUCAAAAGAAACCAACCGGACCCGCUGUCUUCAACGUAUUUUUCACGGAGAAAAUAAUAAAACUGAAAAAUUCAGAAAAAGUCGGUUAUGCCUUGGAUGCCACUGCCGGUGGACAUUAUCGGAAUCGAAAGAUCGGUUGGUUUUAGGAGUUUUUUUGAUUUUAUAGGGAUAAACUAGGGCUGUGAACCAAGGGAAUGAGGUUGGAGUGAAUAUUUAGGAACUCUAGAGCGGUCCCUUGGAGAGCUCCCAUUAGUGAUCACUGUACCAACACCUAGAGGGGCUGGUAAAAGUUGAAAGAUCCCUAUAGGGUCCACUUUAUGGGCUCAGGAAUCUGAGAACUCGGCCCGACGACGCCCUUUCUGUGUUUUUUCUUCUUGAAAUCGAGCGCCAUACAAAUUUUCAUAUUUCAGAUUAUCUUCGAGAACGUUGAGGUUCGAAAAGUUGCUGAAGAAAUCAACGGAAUUGAUGGUCGGCCACUAUGCGGCUUACAAGGAAAACGGACAGCCGCUCAAAAUCGUCAAAACUGUCGAUCCCUCGACGUUCGUGCAGCUUUUUCAGGAGAUUUUAGACCUCUAUUAAAAAAUUAUUAGUAGGAUCUCUAGUCGAUUGAGCUAACUAGGGAUGAAAAAGGGGCGUAGCCUGUCUGCAAACUUAGGAACUCCAGAGUGGUUCCUAUAGAGGCAACCUUAGGGCCCUUGGAGGGCUGGAGACCACUUUACCAAUCCCUAUAGGGGCCUCUAGAGCUCAUAAAAGUGGUCCCUAUAGGGUAAAUAAAGAAUGAAGAAAGUUUUAACUUCGAAAAAGUCACAAGUCACGCAGUUUUAUGCGAAAGAUCUAAAAAAUAGCGUUGUUUAAAUGGAAAAUAUUAACAGAGGGGGAGUCGAUCAAUCUUUUUAACUCUUACAUUGAUCACAAAAUUGGAAGCCCCUAUAGGGGCUUCCCCUAACCCCUAUAGGGACCACUUGAACUUUAGAAGCAGGUUCAUAAAAGCUUGAUGACCUAGUUGGAUCUCAGGUAAAAGUUUAGAAGCUUCUGCUUUUGGUUCCUCGGAAGGCGUUUGGAAGCUUUCCAGCAAACGUCGAACGCCUUCCACUUACCUUCCCAACACCUUCUACUUCAAAAGCUGCCAGAAGCCUUACAGAAUCUUCCCAGCAGGCUUCUGA